CACCGGCCGCUUGUCGCCGUUCUCCGCCUUGUGGCAUGCCCGCAUUGCCUUCCGGCUUCCGGUCUUCCCCCCUUGGCCGCGUCUCUCCUCUUCUGGCGGCCGUCGUCGGCUUCCCUCCACUUCGCCUUCCCCGGAGACUCUCGACGGGCGACGCCGUAAACAGCUCAAGGAUCGAUCAGCUUCUAUUCCAACCCAAUCGCAAGCUUUUGGGGGCCAUAUAACCAGCAGAGAUGGCCGAAUCCUUUGUCCUCAACACCGGCGCAAGAAUACCGUCGGUUGGCCUCGGCAUGGCGAAAACAGAGCCCGGGACCGUCGGGGAGGCCGUCUACGCCGCCGUCAAGGCUGGAUAUCGGCAUAUUGAUUGUGCUCCAGCGUACCGCAAUGAGAAGGAGAUUGGUCUGGCUCUGAAGAAACUGUUUGAGGACUCUGUGGUUAAGCGUGAAGAUUUGUUUAUCUCUUCUAAGUUGUGGUCUGGUAAUCAUGCCCCAGAAGAUGUGCCAGAGGGCAUUGACACUACUCUUGAAGAUUUGCAACUGGAGUACUUAGACCUGUUCCUUAUCCACGCUCCGGUCCGAACUAAUAAAGGAGCUAUCCGAACCGCUGAAAACUAUAUUCCUCUUGAUGUCCCUGCUACAUGGGGGGCGAUGGAGAAGUUAUACGACUCCGGCAAGGCUCGUGCAAUCGGCGUGAGCAACUUUUCUUGCAAGAGGAUGGAGGAUUUGCUUGCCAUUGCUAGAGUAACUCCUGCUGUUAACCAGGUUGAGUCCCAUCCAGGUUGGCAGCAAAUGAAACUCCGCGAACUUUGCCGGUCAAAGGGUGUUCAUCUUUCUGCAUAUUCACCCUUAGGUAGACCUGGAUCACCUGCGUUCACGGGUCCAAGCUUUCUUAGCAACCCUAUUGUCGUCUCUAUUGCCGAGAAGUUGCAACGAAGUCCUGCACAGGUUGCUCUACGCUGGGGUCUUCAAGUGGGUCAGAGUGUCCUUCCAAAAAGCAUCAAUGAAACAAGGAUAAAGGAGAACUUUAACAUAUUUGACUGGUCUAUUCCUGAAGAUUUGAUGUCAAAGUUCUCUGAAAUCCCGCAGGCAUGCCUUAAGACUCUAAGAGCUGAAUUUGUAGUUCACCCCCAAGGUAUUUACAAAACCGUGGAGGAUUUUUGGGAUGGUGAAAUCUGAAGUGUAUGAAGUUCUGAUGAAGGAUGGCAUUAUAUCAUGCUAGCGUACUUCUUGUCAUUGGUUGUAGGGCACCGCUAGGCAUCAGACUACGGAUGUUUGGCUCCCUGUCAGACCAGUCCUUGUCCGUUCGAUCCAAAGCACGGUAGACGUCCGAUAUACUGGAAAUUUUGCUGCUAGUGCAUAACGAGUUUCGUCGAUCAAGGAAGCAUAAUGUAUGACAUUGAGCAUCUUCCGCACACCAAUAUUUGCUUCCAUCUUCGUUUGUAAUAUUUGCUCCAUAUAAAACUAUCUCCUAGUAUCAAAUAUUUUCUGUCAGAAGCAUUGUUCCACGGACUAGAGAUUUCAUGAACCAAACAGUGAUUUGCUUCCAUCAAAAAGAAAAAUUAU